CAUGCAACGCCCCGCGGCCGCGCGGCGCGGCAAAGGAAGGGCGGGCAGCCUCUAUAACUGCGAGGUCGCGCAUCGGCAGCGUUAAGAUGCGCCUUUUUGGGCACCUGCUCUUGAUCUCAUGCCUCGCCGCGGACGCCGGCAGCGACUACGCCGUUACCAAGAGCUCCAAGAUCACGACCAAUGAGUCUCCGAGCUCGUCAGUCCGAAGCCUUGAGCAGCGGCGCGUGCUCUCGGGCUACGUCAUGGACGACAGCACGAUUAGAACGGCCGUCGAUGCGUGGCUCUCGGACGCGACGGCCGCCGAGUCGACGUACGGCCACAUUUCGACUUGGGACGUAUCGGGGGUGACGGACAUGAAGGAGUUGUUUUCCUACGAACAAACGUUCAACGACGACAUCGGUGCUUGGGACACCUCUGGGGUCACAACGAUGGAGUACAUGUUCUGGUUCGGAAAGGCCUUUAACCAGGACAUCGGUGAUUGGGACACUUCCGGCGUCAAGAGCAUGACGUCCAUGUUCUACAACUGCUAUGUCUUUAACCAGGACAUUGGCGCGUGGGACACCUCCGGCGUCACGUCGAUGGACUCCAUGUUCUACUACGCCUCGGCCUUUAACCAGGACAUCGGUGAUUGGGCUGUCCACAGCGUCGCAGACAUGGACUACAUGUUCCGCUACGCCUCGGCCUUCGACCAGGACCUCGGCUGGUGCGUGGAUUCAUACGUUCAAUAUGAUCGAACCUGGCAAGUGAGCCUGGACGGUUGGGCGUUCCAGAGCACCCAGUGCUACUCGACGUGGUGCGGCGUCACCCAAGGCAACUGCCCGACGCCCAAGCCGACACCCAGGCCGACACCCAGACCGAUCUCGGAAUCGACGUCGUCGUCGUCGUCGUCGUCGUCUAGCUCCUCGUCCCAGAAGUCCAACGAAGACGACGUCGCGGACGACGACAAGAUGAUGACCCUCGUCGUCCUCGCUGGCCUGCUCGGGCUGUCGUUGGUCGCUGGGCUGCUGCUCUUCGCGCUGCACCAGCAGCAGCUCGCGGCGAAGAAGUCGAGAGCCCCACGCACGUCUACGGUCACGGCCGUAGAACCGAGAGCCCCACGCAAGUUUACGGUCACUGCCGUGGAACCGAGAGCCCCACACACGUUUAAGGUCACGGCCGUCCAGCCGAGCGCCCCACGCAAGUUUACGGUCACGGCCGUCCAGAGCGUCUAGCCGCGCAAAUUCGAUAAACGCCAAGGCCCGCUCCUCGUCUGCCUCAGAGUCGCGUUCUGAGCACCGUCCCCCGCAUCGCCCCUCCCCAUCGUACCAAGUAACCAAUCGUCACACGAGC